AUGUCUGAUCCAUAUGGAAAAACCGAUGAUUCCGCCGAUACGGCACAACUCACGAGCUCUCAACCGCCAAAGACACGACUUAGUCUCAAGAAGAUACCGCCAUAUUGGUACCCGCAUACGACUAUGGCGAAGGGUCGUUGGCUAGGACGAGAGAUUUUGGAGGUCGUGUCUACAGAGUUCCGUGACCGGUCAAUGGAGUAUUAUCGAUAUGCCCUUGACUCUGGAGUGACCACAAUUAAUGGCAAGGUGGCGAAGCCGGGCACCAUUAUUCAGAACGGAGACCGCAUCGAGAAUGUGGUGCAUAGACACGAGCCCCCGGUAACGUCAACACCGGUCCGCAUUGUACAUCAUGACCAGGAACGUCAAUUUAUAGUACUUGAUAAACCAGGAUCAAUCCCUGUCCACGCCACCGGCCGCUACUUCCGCAAUAGUCUGGUCGAGAUUCUCAAGAAUGACUUCGGCCUUGAGAAAGUCCACACCAUCAACAGAUUGGACCGGCUGACCUCGGGGCUUAUGAUUAUCCCACUAUCUGCAUCGUUGGCGAAUACUUUGUCUCAGGAAUUUGCCACUGGUCUCGUUAGAAAGCAGUACGUUGCUCGGUGCAAGGGUAAAUUUCCCACUGAGGAGAUCAUAUGCGAAGAGCCUUUGCUUACAGUCGACAGACAAAUGGGUCUGAAUAUCGUUCAUCCCGAGGGCAAGCCAGCUAAAACAACAUUCAAGCGGUUGCACUACGAUGUGAACACAAAUACGAGUGUAGUACAUUGUCGGCCGUUCACGGGCCGCUCUCAUCAGAUCCGCGUACAUUUGCAAUUCCUCGGCUACCCUAUCGCGAACGAUCCCGUUUACUCAAAGACAAAAAUAUGGGGAGAAAAACUUGGCAAAGGUGGUUUAGAUUUGACUCCAAGUGACGAACGCUCGGCGCCCGCGCCGCCAGAACAAUUUAACUUGCAGGGGGCCGACAAUCCGGAAUCGCUUUCGCGAAGACAGCCAUCCAGGACUCCGGAACUAAACGCUGAACCAACGGAACCCAAGGAACUGCCUGGUAAGACGUCGAAUAACCAGGACGGUCAAGAGGAGGAGACGUCCGCAGGCCGUCCUAAAUUGUUACCGCGGGAAACGGGACACGAUAUUGGAUUGGGUUCACCAGUACCGCUAUCCGCUGAAAUGGUGGGCGUUAUCACCCGGUUGAGGAACAUGAAGGAUGAAAACGAAGAUUGGAGUCGUUGGCGCGACGUUGUUUUCCGAGCUAAAGGCGCACUAUCUCCUUAUGGCGUGAAAGUGCCUCUUCCUCCACAGAACAGACGCAAACGAGGAGGCCCUGUACACCGCUCCGUCACUCAUGAAAAGGAUGAUGGCGCGAAUGGCGCUGCCAAUACAGAGCCAGAGCCAACACAGUUGACUUUGGAGGAAGCGCUUGAAAAAGCGCAGGAGUUCGAAUCGCUGCAGACGGCUGAAUCCCCCACUGAGACUCCCGUUCUACUCACUCCAUCGGAAUUCCCCGUCCCUGCUCCGAUCAUGGAUGAAUCAUCCCAUACGUUGACUGCCGCCGAGGUUGCUUCGUACUGUCCAGAGUGCUAUCUUCCCUUGCAUCCUGAUCCAAAACCGGAGCGCCUAUAUAUCUUCCUGCAUGCAUUAAGGUAUACCACCAGCCUGGGGACGUUCGAAACCGAAAUGCCCGAAUGGGCUUCGGAGGGAUUCACUUGGUAG